CAUCCACACACUAUGUACUGUGUACUGUGCUCUCUGCCUGGUGCUUUGCCCCCAGUGAUAAUUUAUUCAUAUAAUGCGAUGUGGUUUGUAAGUUGAUUUUUUAUGCAUGAGGUCCCAAGUAUAGGACAGAGGUAGAUCUGCAAAAGUCUGACCUGAGGUCAGAAGCAGAUCCAAAGACCUAACCUAUACCAUUUUUGUUUUAGAAGAUGCAAUGGCUAGAGUUACAAAUAUGAAGGUUUUAAAGUUAAAAACAAACCAAUUGUACACCAUUUCUGAAAACACAACCUACCAUACUCCUCCUGGGGCAGAUUCCGCUGGGACUGCGUUCAACUUAGGGCCAACUGUUAAACAAACCAAUGAAGCACGAUGGGAAUACAACAACGUGGGUACUGACCUGUCCCCCAAGCCCAAUAGCUGCAAUUACCCAUUGCUCUUGUCUCCAGGUGAUCAGUUUGAAAUUCAGCUAAAGCAGCAGCUAGGGUCCCUCAUCCCCAACACCGAUGUGAGAAGGCUCAUUUCUCAUGUUCUCCGAGCCUUGAAGAUGGACUGCUCUGAGAUCCACGUGCAGCUGGCCUGUGCCAAGCUCAUCUCCAGGACAGGCCUCCUGAUGAAGCUUCUCAGUAAGAGGCAAGAGGUAAAGGUGUCCAGGGCAGAAUGGCAUAUGGGCCAAUGGAAAACUGAGAACCAAAUCCUGAGAUAUAUCUCCUGAGAUACAGACUAUAACUGAGAACAAUAUCCUGAGAACUAUGAUUCCACAUGCAUGGAACUAUUCUCAAGACCCAGGCAGGAAACACUACUUUUUCUUUUUUAUUUAUUUAUUUUUCCCUGGUUCCUAGAACUGAGGAAACACUACUUUCUCAUCCUACUGGUUUUUGGGCCCCCACUCUAUCCCUUUUACACAAACCUCAUAGAAUUGUAACUAGGAGAGGCCUUAGUAGUUUGUCCUUCUAUGAUGGGAAAACUGA